UCCCACUCUUCCUCUAGCCUACGCUCUUUCUAGUCUUCUAGAUCUUUCUCUCCUGCUCCCUCCCUUUCAUUCCUUCUCUCCGAAUAACCUCAUGACACGACGAAUUAAAGAUUUUAAGGAAACCAAGAUUCUUUCUUGUUCUAAGUCGUGCUCUCUGCUUUCUCCAUUCCUUUCUUUACUUGGUCAGCCUGCUAAAUUCUUCAUUUACUUCCUAAUCAAAUCCUUUAAUCUUUAUUCACAAGUGAAACCAUGAUUUCCUAUGCAAAACCCAGCGGAAACCCAGUAUUGUCGACGAUCCAAGCAAUCCAGAGGCCACCAUCGAAGCCACCACUUCUUCGCUCAAAUUCCAUUAACAACAUUCACCACCAGAACCCAAGAAUCAAUUCGUCCCCAAUCAACACCAAUAAUAAAUCCAUAAAACCGCAAACCCAUCUCCUUAAACCCAUCAUUAUAACUCCAAACCAAAUCCCUCUCGGAAAAAGUGGGACAAAUGACAGGAGCACAAAGUCUCCUCAAGUGGGUAGGCAACAGGUGUUGGGCUUGUGUGGAUUUGGGUAUUGGGUUCAAGGGUUCAGGUGUUUUCCAUGGUUGGCGAUGAAUUUCCACAUGGCUCACACUCUUAAGCUGCAUCCUUCAACGUUGCAGCUUGUGCAGAAUUCUGCUAACCUACCCAUGGUGGCCAAGCCUCUUUAUGGAGUCCUUUCUGAUGCUCUCUACAUUGGCGGCGCUCACAGAAUACCUUACGUAUCCAUUGGAGUGUUUUUGCAGAUUCUGUCUUGGGGGGCUCUGGCAUUAAUCCCACUUGCAGGUGAAGCCCUUCCUACACUAAUGGUGUGCAUUCUGCUUAGUAACCUUGGAGCAUCGGUCACAGAAGUUGCAAAAGAUGCUCUCGUUGCUGAAUACAGCCAAAAACAUGGAGUAAGUGGCCUACAAUCUUAUGCAUUUAAGGCUCUGGCUGCAGGGGGAAUCUUAGGCAACUUGAUUGGAGGUUUUUUCUUAUUGAAAACACAACAAACCAAAACAAUGUUUCUCUUGUUUGCUGCACUACUUUCACUUCAACUUGCAAUUUCUCUAACAACAAGGGAAGGUUCUCUUAACUUGCCACAACCAUCAGAUCAUCAUUUCAUAAGAAAUACUCUCUCAGAAAACUUACGCAAACAGUUGUCCAGUCUGGUCACUGCAAUAAGUGAAGAGUGCAUAUCUGGUCCCCUUACCUGGACUGUGGCCUCUAUUGCUGCUGUCCCAAUUCUGUCAGGAUCCAUCUUCUGCUAUCAGACACAAUUCUUAAGGCUUGACCCAUCAAUCAUUGGGAUGUCUAAAGUGAUUGGCCAAUUGAUGCUACUAUUUGCAACCUUAUUCUAUGACAGAUACUGGAAAAGAAUUCCCAUGAGGAAAUUGAUUGGCAUGGUGCAGCUCAUAUAUGCGAGCUCCCUGCUUCUGGACCUUGUCCUAAUAAAGCAAAUCAAUCUCAGAUUGGGAAUUCCAAACGAGGCCUAURUAUUAUGCUUUUCCGGCUUGGCAGAAAUGGUAGCUCAGUUUAAGCUCCUCCCAUUCUCAAUUCUCUUUGCAAAUUUAUGCCCACCUGGCUGUGAAGGAGCACUUACUUCUUUCUUAGCUUCUGCUCUUUGUCUAUCAUCCAUUAUCAGUGGCUUUCUUGGAGUUGGGUUGGCUUCUCUUAUUGGAGUAACAUCUGGUGAUUACUCAAGGCUUCCCUUGGGGAUCUCACUACAGUUCCUUGCAGCUUUGGUUCCCUUGGGAUGGCUAUCACGUCUGCCUAUGUCACAGCCAAUAUCAAAGGAAAGGAAGAGGAGUGUAAGUAAAAAAGGUAGAAAAGGUAGGAGGGUGGGAAGAAUGGCAUUUGGUUAUGUUUAUGCCUACCGGCGACAAAGAGAAUCUGAAGCAGACAGGUAAAGUAUGCUGAGUGAGGUCUUACAAUUUUAUUCAAGGCUGGAACAUCCAUACUCUUUGAUUGCAGUUAUAUGUUUUGAUUGCACAAGCCAUAAGUACGAUGGGACUGCAAACCAGAACAGUGCAAUUUUGUCUUUUACUUUUAUCUGAGGGAGUAGUUUUCGCAUCAUCAACACCAUCUGGGAGAGAUUCUCGCCUACCUCUUCAUCAAGAUACUUGAAAGAAAAGCAGUUGCAAGUCAUUCCUACUUUAAGAUCGCAGGGUGUGAAUGUGAUCAUCUUUGUGAUGAGGCUGCUUGUGGUAAUUUUGAUUGUUUUAAGAGGAUGUCCCGGUGAUUUCAUCAUAGCAAUGCUUCAUCAGCUUUUUCACAGUCGAAUGGGUGGAUACAUAACCACUUGCUCUUCGAUCAGUGCCUAUUAUGUAUGCAAAUGCAAGACAAGUGGUGCUGAACUGCUAAUAACCUGCCAAAAUAGACCAGAAAGAUGAGAUAAAGUUUUCAGCUGGAUAAAACCAGGUUUGUAAGCCGACUGAUUCUGGUAAGGCGGUCAGUAAGCCUCUGAAGAUCAGAGGCAAUGGCAGUUGCAGAGAAAUGGAGAGAGAGAGAGAGAGAGAGAUUCUAUUGGGGUAAUCGGGUCUGGGGGCAUUUUGGGUCUUAGGUCCCAUAUGGCCAAAGGGCUCCUAUUUUUAAUAUUUCCUGUUAUUGGUUCUUAGUGAACCUUUUAGAAUAAGUCCAAGAACUGGUUCUGAUUCUUGGAUUGGGUGAGGCCAGUUUGAUUGAGGCUUGAGUUGGAUUGAACUGGCUUUAUAGCCUUUUUGUAACCCAACCCUCUUUAAGGUUAUAGAUGAAAAGCUGAAAAAAAAUUCUGCAAUA